GCACAUUUAGGAUUUAGGAUAAAUAUAGGGGCUGCUACAAGAAUAUUACAGAAUGUGCCUGCUUUUUGAGAAUCUAAUGCAACGAAAUUAUUCAAAAAUUCCUUUUUCAACCCAUAAAUAGUGUAACUUGCACGUCCAAUUGUCCAUAUAUAAACCCCUUCAUUCCAAACACUUGAAGACUAACAAAGUGGCCUCUAACUUAAUUAUUGGCUUCUUUGUUCCCAUGCAACUAUAAGUAAUAAUUAUAUUAAUUAAACUGAGUAAAUUUAGAAGAAAAAAAUGGUGAAAUUCUCUAAGCAGUUUGAAGCCCAACUUGUUCCAGAAUGGAAGGAAGCUUUUGUUGAUUACUACCAACUCAAGAAGGACCUCAAGAAGCUCCAUCUUCUCCUCCAUACCCAUGAAAACGAAGAAGAACGACAACGAGCCUUUCCGAACCCGUUUUGUUCUUUGAAGAAACUCUUCGUGUUCAGGUCUCGUUGUCCCAAACGCGGAGCGAUUCAGGUGCACAAGAAGCUUUCAUCAAGUGGGAGCAAAGGGGAUUUGUACGAGACGGAAUUGGGGGAGCAAUUGGCGGAGAACGAAGGGGCGAAGGAGUUCUUCCGGCGGCUGGAUGAGCAGGUGAGCAAGGUGAACCAGUUUUACAGAGCCAAGGAGAAGGAGUUCGCCGACAGGGGAGAGUCGCUGAAGAAGCAAUUGGAGAUCCUGCUUCAGCUCAAGGCCGCUCUCCGCCACCGCCCCCGCCGGGAGAAGGGGAUCGGCGAUUCAUAUCGGGAGGAUGAUCACUCCGUUUCCGUCCGCGCCUUCUCUUGCGAUGAGGAAUCCAGUAGCAGGAGCAGAAGAAGAGAGGAAGAACAGGAGCAAGGAGUUGGUGGUGGUGACACAGACCAAUCCAGCAGACCACCAGAUGAAGAACUGGGAAGAUCAAUGACAGUGGCCAAAACAGUGGAAGAAACCAAGCUGAGAUCAUUAUCUUCUUCUUCUUCUUUCUCUUCGCUGCCAGAAAAUGUCAUCGGGACUAAUAAUAACUGUCAUCAAGGCAGAAAGAGCUUAAGAAUCCACAUUCCCAUGACUAAUCCGAGCCGCGCCUUUUCUGCAAUCACAUAUCUGAUGCAAGAAGAUGAUCAUCAUCAUCGGGGUAACAAGAAAGGGUUUCACAUUAAUAAGGCCAAGCUUCGUCAGGCCGAGAAGAUGAUACGCGGCGCAUUCAUUGAGCUCUACAAAGGACUGGGAUAUCUCAAGACUUAUAGGAACCUGAACAUGCUUGCUUUUGUAAAGAUUUUGAAGAAAUUUGACAAAGUUACUAACAAACAAGUCCUACCCAUUUAUAUUAGAGUGGUUGAAAGCACCUACUUCAACAGCUCAGACAAGAUUCUAAGGUUGGCUGAUGAGGUUGAGGAGAUUUUCAUUAAACAGUUUGCUGACAAUGAUAGAAGAAAGGCCAUGAAAUACCUUAAGCCUACUCUCAAAAAAGAUUCUCAUGUUGUUACCUUCUUUAUUGGCUUGUUCACCGGAUGUUUCAUAGCUCUAUUAGUCGGGUACCUAAUCAUGGCCCAUAUUACUGGGAUGUACAGACAACCUGAAUCGAACACACUCUACAUGGAAACAGUGUAUCCAGUUCUAAGCAUGUUCAGCCUGCUGUUCUUGCACUUGUUCAUGUAUGGGUGCAACAUUGUAAUGUGGAGAAAGAGCAGGAUUAACUACUCCUUCAUACUUGAGUUAUCCCCUAAACAAGAACUCAAGUAUCGAGAUGUGUUCUUGAUCUGCACAACUUCAAUGUCCGUGGUGGUUGGUGUCCUUUUUCUUCACCUUUCCCUUGUGUCUAAAGGUUAUUCAUUUACACUAGUUCACUCCAUCCCCGGCCUUCUUCUACUGGGGUUUCUAUUGCUGCUCCUAUGUCCUUUCAACAUCAUCUACAAACCAAGCCGGUACCGAUUCCUGCGCGUGAUGAGGAACAUCAUUUUGUCACCUUUGUAUAAGGUUUUCAUGCUGGAUUUCUUCAUGGCUGAUCAGCUUUGCAGCCAGAUUCCAAUGCUGAGAGAGCUUGAGUAUGUGGCAUGCUACUAUGUAACAGGAAGCUACAAAAAUCAAGAUUAUGGAUAUUGCAUGAAAACCAAGUAUUAUAGAGACUUGGCUUAUGCAGUUUCAUUUCUUCCUUACUAUUGGCGGGCCAUGCAGUGUGCCAGACGGUGGCUGGACGAAGGGGACAGAAGCCACAUUGUAAACCUUGGGAAGUACGUGUCAGCAAUGUUGGCGGCAGGGGCAAAAGUGGCAUAUGAAAAGGAGACAGGCUUGGGGUGGCUUUGCCUUGUUGUUGCCAUUUCAAGUGGUGCAACAGUUUACCAACUUUAUUGGGACUUUGUGAAGGAUUGGGGUUUGCUCCAACCCCAUUCUCGCAACCCUUGGUUAAGGAAUGAACUUAUGCUCCACCAAAAGUUCAUUUACUACUUCUCCAUGGGGUUAAAUAUAAUUCUUAGGCUGGCAUGGAUGCAAACAGUGUUACAUUACAAUUUUGGGAGAGUAGAUUACAGGGUAACUGGCCUAUUUUUAGCUGCCUUGGAAGUCAUCAGGAGAGGCCAAUGGAAUUUCUAUAGGUUGGAAAAUGAGCAUCUAAACAACGCUGGCAAAUUCAGAGCGGUUAAAACGGUUCCACUUCCUUUCCAUGAAAUCGACCCAGGAGAAUGAUUAUAUUAUUUUCCUUGUUUGGUAGGACGCCAAAUUUCACAAUGGAUCUGUGUUUAGAGCAAUGUUAGGACUUUGGGGGAUUUUGUUUUUUCCUAAUCUUCCCUUUUUUUUUGUUUUGGGGGUGGGGUGGAAGAACUUGUAGGCUACAAAAAAUUAUGUUAACUACUCUUCCUAAUUUUGUUUGUUUGAGAUUAUAGUGAAUAAUAAUGUAAUGGUGAAUUG